AUGGCGUCAUCAUCACAGCCAUGUGCCAUCAGCGGGUGUAAACGUCCGUCUCGGGCUUUGUGCAAUUGUUGUCAACAAUAUUUGUGCCGUGAUCAUUUGAAACAGCACGAUGAUUUAAUUGAUGCCCAACUGCCACUUUUAGCCGAUCAAAUCAAUGCUCUCUCGGAUCAAUUCAACAACAGUACUUUGUUAGAAUCAUCUGGUCUCACCGAACUCAAGCGCUGGCGCGAUGAUGCUCAUAAAACAGUGGAUCAAUUCUAUGAGAGAAAAUGCGGACAAUUUGGACAGUUUGUUCAAGAAAAACAAGAUAAACAAAGAAAAGAACUUGAUCGAAUGCGCAGCAAUCUGAACGAAUUAAUUCGAGAACAAGAAGCAACACAAAUACAGAUUGAUUCAAUGACAGAAUCUAUUCGAUCUCUCGAACAAGAUGUUAACAACCUUCAACAUGUUCAUUUCAACAUUAAUCCAUUAGUAAUUGAUGACAAUCUCAUUUCCAUUCCGCAAGAAACAACGGCAAGAGAUCUGUUACCUGUAUCAUCUUCACAUCAAACAAUGCAAUCAACAUCGGACAAAGUAGCUAGUAAUGAUAAACAUCUGCUAGCACAUCAAAAACGUAGCACAUGCUUCCCAGAUAAAUCUAAUCCAAAAUCAAUGAAACUGACAAGAUGGGAAAUCGAAGAACAAGCAACUGGAAUCACGGAUGCAAUGAGAGUAAAUAUAUUGAACAUAAUUAGUACAUCUAUUGAUUCACAUGGAACCUCAGAAAUUCAGCAAAUAGCUAAAGACAUUCAAAACUGGCUUAAUGAAACUUAUGGAAAAAGUUGGACUGUAGAAAUUGGUGAUGCACGCAACUAUCAGCCUUCUUACACUCGUUUGGGUUCUAGAUACUUAUUGAAGGUCCAAGAAACAAGAUUGGGAUGGACUAUUCUUAUUUUUAAAGAAACAACAUCAUAA